AUGAAUGCAGUCAAGAAGUUUAUGACCAUAACAUGGAAUUUUGUGACAUUACCAGAUCUAUACUAUAAUGAAGAAGGCUACUUCAUUAUCCGAUUCAAAGAUAGAGCGGAUAGGGAUGCAAUCUUAAUGAGAGGCCCGUAUUCUAUUUUCAAGAAACCUAUUCUGCUCCACGAAUGGAACCCGAAGUUCACUCUGCAGGAUGACAUAUUGAGGGUUUUACCUAUUUGGGUGAUGUUCCCUCAGUUGCCUCUAUAUUGCUGGGGGGAUCAGAGUAUUGGGAAAAUAGCUAGUGCAAUUGGUAAACCUAUCAUGACGGAUGAGUGUACAACAAAAAAGCUCCGGGUAUCGUAUGCUCGUGUGCUUACUGAAGUAGAUGUUACUCAAGACUUAAGACAACAUAUCACAAUCAGAAAUCCGCAGGGUGAGAAAAUGAUUCAGCAGGUGGAAUAUGAAUGGAGACCUCCUUUUUGCAAAAGUUGUAAUAAGGUUGGACAUGAAUGUAAACCAAAGCUGGAUGGAGGUAAGCAUAAGAAAGAACCACCACGGGUAUGGGAGCAGAAAAAACCACCUGAUCAGCCCAAAAGCUCAGAUGAAUUGAAUAAGCCUACUGUGCAUCCUACAAACUCAAAGGAAUUGAGUAGCCCUGUUGCUCAAGUGAAGAAUGUGGAAGCACCAUGGAAAACCAUCCAAAGUAAAAGUAGGAAAGGCAAGGAACAUGCAAAUGAUAGGGUUGAAACCAGGAAUGGCUUUGAAGGUCUCUUGGUUGGAGAAAGCUCUCAUAUCGAGGGUGUUACAUGA